AUGCAGUUCCUCUCUCGUCCCAAGAACCAGGCUACCGACUCUGUCGAGCCCGCCGAUAUGUCUCGUCAAGCGGCCGACACAGAGAAGGGCGUACAUACCGAUGCAUCUCACGACAAAGCUACCGAUCAAGAAAGUCUCUCCAGCAACGCCCAAGCCGGUGUCAAAGCCGUCGAGGCGGCGGCAACAGUAUGGACGAAAUACCAUCUCAUUGGCGCCUAUGUCAUCAUUUGGUGGAUUUACUUCGUCACUGCCCUCCAAGAAGUCGUCAUUCGCGCCAUGAACCCCUACGUAACCAGCGCCUUCCGCCUUCACUCCCUCACAGCCGCUACAGGAAUCAUGUCCUCCAUCAUCGGCGGGUUGUCUAAGAUCCCCUUAGCCAAACUACUGGACAUGUGGGGGCGACCACAAGGACUUUUGCUCUCGCUGUGCGUGUGGAUGGUGGGAUACAUUAUGAUGGCUUCGUGUAAGAACGUGGAGACGUAUGCUGCGGCUCAGGUCUUCUCUUCUACUGGAUCACAAGCAGUAUCCUACAUCCUGACCGUCUUCAUUGCCGAUACCUCAACGCUCAAGAACCGCGCUCUCAUGCUCUCCUUCGCAACCUCGCCCUACAUAAUCACAACCUGGAUCGGCGGUCCCGUUGCACAAUCCGUGCUCUCUGGGCCAGGCUGGCGCUGGGCCUUCGGCAUCUUCACCAUCAUCAUCCCCGUCGUCGUCACACCUCUCGCUGCGUUGGUCCUCUUCAACGACAGGAAAGCGCGGAAGCAGGGUCUACUUGAACCGCGUAGCAUCGACUGGAGCGCCGCAGCCAUCAAGAAGUUUUGUGUCGACAUUGAUGCUGUUGGUAUCCUGGUACUGGUAGCAGGUAUGGCUCUGUUCUUGCUGCCAUUCAGCUUGUACAGCUAUCAAGCGGAGAAGUGGAAGAGUCCUAUGAUCAUCGGCAUGAUAGUUGCUGGCUUCAUCCUGCUUAUCGCAUUUCCUAUCUGGGAAAGGUUCUUCGCACCUGUCACGUUCAUCCCGUACAAACUGCUCUUGGACCGCACCGUCUUCCUCGCUGGCAUCAUGUUCGUCUUCGUCUACUUCAACAGCGCAGUUUGGGGAAGCUACUUCGGGUCCAUGCUACAGGUGGUCUGGAACCUCAACGUGACUACCGCCAGCUACGUCCAGAGUAUCUACCGCGUGGUCUCUUGCUUCUGGUGCUUAGCAGCUGUGGGUCCGGCAAUCAGGAUCACAGGGCGCUUCAAGUGGGUUGCCGUCUUCUUCGCACUCCCGAUCGACAUCUUGGCCCUUGGGCUAAUGAUCCACUUCCGCCAGCCGGGCACAUCAGUGGGCUUCAUCGUGAUGACGCAGAUCUUCACUGCGGUCGCAGGAGGCACAAUCGUCAUCGCAGGUGAGCUGGCUAUGAUGGCGCCAUCGGAUCAUCAGCACAUGGCUGUCAUCAUUGCUGUUCUCAACCUCUUCUGCUCUAUUGGCAGUGCGGUCGGAAGCACAGUAUCAGCUGCUAUCUGGACUGGAACUUUCUACAACAACCUCGUCAAGAACGUCCCGGCUGGCGUCAAUGUCGCAGAUAUCUACGCCUCACUGCCUAACCAGCUGUCGUAUGAGUGGGGAUCACCUGAGAGGACUGGUAUCGCGCAGUCUUAUGCCGAUUCGCAGCGACUUAUGCUCAUCACGAGUAUCUGUAUGCUGGGAUGCGCUCUUAUCGCCGCGGCGGGAUGGCGCGACAUCAACGUCAAGAACAUCAAGCAGGUCAAGGGACGCGUCGUGUAA